AUGGAUCCUGCGCCAAUUAUUGAAGUUAUAAAAUGGAUAGCUCCUCCCGUUUGUGGAUACUGCAAGAACCAUAGAAAGUUUAAUGAAAUCCUGAGUUCUCUGCGAAGCAGGAGAGAGGAUCUUAGUUUCCGCAUGGGAGAUAUAGAACAAAGUUUGACAAGUCAGCUUCGUUAUAAUAAAGUACCAAAAAAAGAAGUGGAAAGUUGGUUGAGAAAAGCGAAAAACGUCAUCGAGGAGACACAGAGAAUUGAAGAUAAAUUCAGUAAAGGCAACUAUUUUUUGCGUAGUUGGCGAGGAAAACUUCUUGAUGAAAAGAUUCAAGAAGUGAAAGGAGUUUAUGAUCAAGGUGUUUUUCCUGUUGAUUUGGUAAUUGAUGCUCUUGAUGAUAUUGGAUUGUCAUUACCAACUUCAGAAAUGGUAGGUGAAGCUAGUGUAAAAGAAAAAAUUUGGAAAUACUUGAUUGGGGAUAAGGUAUGCAAGAUAGGUGUUUGUGGGAUGGGAGGGGUUGGUAAAACAACCAUCAUGAAGCACAUUCAUAAUCAGCUCUUGGAAGAAAGAAAUAAGUUUGAUAAAGUAAUUUGGGCAACCGUAUCCAAGGAGUAUGAUGUUGUUAAAUUGCAACAAGACAUUGCAACUGCACUGCGGGAAGAUUUGUCCAAACAUAGUGAUAUAACCAUGCGGGCUGCAGUGUUACGAGAGACGUUGAAAGGAAAAAAGAGAUAUGUGCUAAUUUUAGAUGAUGCGUGGAAGAAAAUAUCUCUAGAGGAAGUUGGAAUCCCCGAGCCAACUGUAAUGGAUGGAUGUAAAUUAGUUUUAACAACCCGUUCCAUAGAGGUGGUUCGAUCCAUGGGUUGUGAGGAAAUCAAAGUUGAGCCACUUUCAGAAACGGAGGCAUUCGAUUUAUUCUUGAGCAAAGUUGGAUCUGAGCUUCUGGAUAUUCCCACUUUAAAAUCAAUUUUGAAACUAAUUGUGCAGUAAUGUGGUGGUUUGCCUCUAGCAAUUGUUACGCUGGCCAGCAGCAUGAAAGGAGAGCGAGAUGUUCGUAUAUGGGAGAGUGCAUUAAAUGAUUUGAAAGCACGUAUAGGAAGUGUUGAGGAUAUGGUAGAUAAGGUACUUGAACGUUUGAAAUUUAGUUACGAUCGUUUGAGAGAUCCAAAAAUCAAAUAUUGCUUCUUAUAUUGUGCUUUAUAUCCUGAAGAUUUUGCAAUUGACAAGGAGGAGUUGAUAGAAUAUUGGAUUGUUGAAGGAUUUAUUGAUGAAUUGGAGAGUAGAGAAACUAUGUAUAACAAAGGCCAUGCUAAUUUGAAGAGACUAGAAGAAAAUUGUUUAUUAGAAAGCGCGGAUGAUGGGGAUUCUGUGAAGAUGCAUGAUCUCGUGAGAGACAUGGCAGUGCACAUUACUAGUCAGAGUCAUCGAUAUCCUAGUCAGAGUCCUCGAUAUCUGGUAAAAGCUGGGAUGCAAUUGAGAGAGCAACCAACUGAGCAUGAAUGGACUGUAGAUCUUCAGAAGGUUUCUUUAAUGCGCAACGACAUUUCAAAAUUUCGCUUAGAUAUGACACUUACUAAGUUUACAGCACUCUCGACCCUGCUUUUGCAAGAUAAUGAAUAUUUAACAGAGAUUGAUGACUCUGUCUUUACGCUCAUGAUUGAGCUGAAGGUUCUUGAUCUUUCUGGUUGUUGGAUCAGCAAUCUGCCAAAUUCUAUUUCUGGCUUGGUAAAACUCACUGCAUUGUUGCUUAACGGGUGUACUUUACUAGCACAUGUGCCUUCUUUGGCAAAACUUGGGGCUCUGAAGAAGUUGGAUCUUGGUGGGACGGGUGUUACAGCCAUUCCUGAUGGACUAGAGAUGUUGGUACAUCUCAGAUAUCUUGAUCUUUAUGCAGACGGUAUAAGAGAGAUGCCUGGUGGAAUAUUACCAAAACUUCUCCGUCUUCAAUACUUGAGGUUAGAUGAGGCAGUUGCAGAAGCAGAAGAAGAGGAAGAAAGGGGAAAAGCGGUAGGAAUUGGUGGAUUGACAAACUUUGGAGACUCCAUUAAGAUACCGACUGACAUUCAGAGGCUACUCAUUCAACACUGUGAUGAUCUGAGAAGGAUAGAGUGCUUCUAUUAUUUGUCCUUUUACACAACUGCAGUUCAGACCCUUGAGGAUCUGAUAGUCAGUUGUCCAAAAUUGAAGAGACUGUUCCCGCCUAAGUUGCUGCGAAACCUACAAAACUUAGAAGAUAUUGAAGUUUGGAAUUGCUCAGGACUUGUGGAAAUAGUAGAAGCAUCAAGUGAUGAAGAAGAAGAAGAUAAGGAAGCAAAGGAAUGUCCAAAGCUGAAGACGAUCUCUCCCUUGUUUCCGCAACCUGACAAUGGGCAGCCAUUUCCUCCCGCCUCCCUUGUAAGUCUCGGUGUUUUUCCAGAAGAAUGCUGGAAUUCACUGGAAUGGGACCAUCCCAACACGAAGAAUGUGCUUGAACGCUUCCUUCUUCGGUCAAGUUAA